AUGGGCUCUGAAUUGUCUGAUACAUUAGAACUUGAUGAAAACAAUAGCGAUACAGAGACAAAUGAUUCAAGUUCAGGCAGUGAAAAUAAUGAAACCUAUUCCGAAUCUUCGUCAACAGGUAACAGACAAUAUUUUCGGGGCAAAGAUAAGAUAACAAAAUCGGCUAAAACAUUCCCUACCAGAAAUAAUACUAGAGCAAGAGAACAAAAUAUUAUUCGUGUUCCGGCUGGUGUGAAAGGUGAAGCAAAAAAUUGUAAAAGUCCUAUUGACUGUUUUUUAUAA